AUGGGCCGUGGCAUCUUCCUGAUCGAGCCUGUGGUGGGCGUGUACGCCUUGGCCAUGUUCAUGACGCCGCUGCUGGUGCAGCAGUAUGUGUACCGCCGCAAGUGGGAGGAGAUUACAGGCCACGCCUUCCCCAAGGAGCUCAACGUCUCCCACUGUGACAUCACUCAGGGCAGUAACCACAGCAACCUGCACGGCCUGCACGGGGCAGUACAGAGGGCGACUUCCCUGUUUCUGCUCCACAGUGAGCUCUGCUUCCUCCUCCCCAGCCUGCUCUCCUCCCUGCUGCUCCUCUCCUGCAGCGACUCCCACGGCCGCAAGGUGGCGCUCUUCCCCCCUCUCCUGGGUGACACGUCGUUCAUGUUGGUCUAUGCGCUCGUCAGCCACUUUUCUCUGGAGCUGCGCUACGUCCUACCGGCCGCCUUCCUGAGGGGACUGCUGGGGGGCCCAGCCCCCCUCCUCGGGGCCUGUUUCGCCUAUGUGGCUGACAGGUGUGGUGAGGAGGUGGAGCCGGGCUCGGGUUCGGGCUGGGGCUCGGGCCGCAAGACCACGCGCAUGGCCCUGCUGGAGAUGCUGCUGGGGUUGCAGUCUGGCGUGGCCGCGCUCUGCUCCGGCUUCUACAUCCAGCGCGCCGGCUUCACCUGGCCGUUCCUCACCGUGGCGACGCUGCACGUCCUGGCGCUCCUCUAUGUGCUGUUUGCCCUGAAGGAGACCGUAGGCCUAUCCAAACCAGCUCCGUCACCAGGAGCGGCACCUCAGGCCCGGCUACCGCCCGAACCAACGCCAGGCCAACCACUAUCACCUCCCCCUCCCCCUCCCCCUGCUCCUGACCCCGUGACACCCCCUGGCCCUGACUUAUGGUGCUGCCGGACAUUGUUGAUGAAGGCAGCGUCUAGUCUGCGGGCGGUGGUGUCCGUCUUCUCCAGCGGCACUACUCAAGGCUGCCACAGGGCGGCGCUGGUCCUCACCUUGGCCUCCUUCGCGCUGUACAACGUGGUCGUGCUGGGAGGCAUGUCCCUGUUUGUCCUGUACGAGCUCAACGCACCGCUGUGCUGGGACGAGGUGGCCGUGGGGUACGGCUCGGCGCUCUCCUCCGCCGCGUACCCGGCCAGCUUUGCGGGUGUCUGGCUGUUGUCGCGGCGACUGGCCCUGGCCGACCUGCAGGUGGCGACGUUGGGCUUUGUCUCGCUCGCUGCCGGGUUUGUCAUGGCCGCCUUCGCGCGCACUACACUGCUGAUGUACCUGGUGAGGAUCCCUAUGCUGUUCUCCAUUAUGCCGUCUCCAAUCAUGCGCUCUAUGAUGUCCAAGAUGGUCCUGAGCUCUGAGCAAGGUGCCAUGUUUGCCUGUGUGGCCUUCCUGGAGAUGGUGAGUGCUGGCCUGGCCUUCCCCAUGUUCAGCAGCACCUACGCUGCAACCGUUGCCUGGUUCCCAGGAUUCAGCUUCCUGCUGGCGGCGGCCAUUACCCUUCUGCCCAUCACCUUCAUCUGUGCUAUACAGCGGCUGCAAAGGGACAUCCUUGAGGACACGAGUCAGCUAAUCCCUCCGGAGAGCCCCUCUCUCCCAGAUCAGGAGAUGAGGCUAUGA